UCUUGCUAAGUUGCUGAGGUUGACCUCACACUUGUGAUCUUCCUGCCUCAGCCUCCUGAGCCUGUGGGAUUACAGACAUGAGCCACUGUGCCUGGUUACACUAUAAACAGUACCCACCCAAUACAAGUAAAGUUUAUUCCUAUUUUAAAUGCCGUGAAAAGAAGACUGAAAACUCCAAAGUAAGGAAGGUGAAAUACGAGGAAACAGUAUUUUAUGGGUUGCAGUACAUUCUUAACAAGUACUUAAAAGGUAAAGUAGUAACCAAAGAGAAAAUCCAGGAAGCCAAAGAGGUGUACAAAGAACAUUUCCAAGAUGAUGUCUUUAAUGAAAAGGGUUGGAACUACAUUCUUGAGAAGUAUGAUGGGCAUCUUCCAAUAGAAGUAAAGGCUGUUCCUGAAGGGUCUGUCAUUCCCAGAGGAAACGUUCUUUUCACAGUGGAAAACACUGAUCCAGAGUGCUACUGGCUUACAAAUUGGAUUGAGACUAUUCUUGUGCAGUCCUGGUAUCCAAUCACAGUGGCCACAAAUUCUAGAGAGCAGAAGAAAAUAUUGGCCAAAUAUUUGUUAGAAACUUCUGGUAACUUAGAUGGUCUGGAAUACAAGUUACAUGAUUUUGGCUACAGAGGAGUCUCUUCCCAAGAGAGUACCACUAUAAACUUUUCUGGAUAUCUAAGACAUUUAAUAGUAUCAAGAAGUACAGAGGCACCACUAAUAAUCAGACCUGAUUCUGGAAAUCCUCUUGACACUGUAUUAAAGGUUUUGGAUAUUUUAGGUAAGAAGUUUCCUGUUACUGAGAACUCAAAGGGCUACAAGUUGCUGCCAACUUAUCUUAGAGUUAUCCAAGGGGAUGUAGUAGAUAUUAACACCUUACAAGAGAUCGUAGAAGGCAUGAAAUAAAAAAAGUGGAGUAUUGAAAAUGUUUCCUUUGGUUCUGGUGGAGCUUUGCUACAGAAGUUAACAAGAGAUCUCUUGAAUUGUUCCUUCAAGUGUCGCUAUGUUGUAACUAAUCGCCUUGGGAUUAAUGUCUUCAAGGACCCAGUUGCUGAUCCCAACAAAAUGUCCAAAAAGGGCCGAUCAUCUUUACAUAGGACACCAGCAGGGAAUUUUGUUACACUUGAGGAAGGAAAAGGAGAUCUUUUCCAUACUGUAUUCAAGAACGGGAAGGUGACAAAAAGCUGUUCAUUUGAUGAAGUAAGAAAAAAUGCACAGCUGAAUAUUGAACUGGAAGCAGCACCUCAUUAGGCUGUUUUACGAUUGGGUGUGUGUGUGUGUGUGUGUGUGUGUGUGUGUGUACAUGCGUGCAUGCAUGUAUACACCUGUAUGUAUGUAAUACAUAAUGUUUAUUGGACAGAUGUGUGGGGUUUCUUUGUGUUUUAUGAUACAUUAUAGCCAAAUUAUUUGUUGGUUUAUGGACAUACUGCCCUUUUCUUCCUCCUCCUCCUCCU